GGCCGCUAUCCGGUCUCAGAGCGGAGCUAUCGCUUAGUUGUCUGCGUUGGUAGUGAGAUUUGCUUCGUUUCCUGAAGAUGGAGGGUCCUUUGUCCGUGUUCGGGGACCGCAGCACUGGGGAAGCGAUCCGCUCCCAGAACGUUAUGGCUGCAGCUUCUAUUGCCAACAUUGUUAAAAGUUCUCUUGGGCCAGUUGGCUUGGAUAAAAUGUUGGUGGAUGAUAUUGGUGAUGUAACUAUUACUAAUGAUGGGGCCACCAUUCUGAAAUUAUUGGAGGUGGAACAUCCUGCAGCCAAAGUUCUGUGUGAACUGGCUGACCUGCAAGACAAAGAAGUUGGAGAUGGAACUACCUCAGUGGUAAUCAUUGCAGCGGAGCUUCUGAAAAAUGCUGAUGAGCUAGUCAAGCAGAAAAUUCAUCCGACAUCAGUUAUUAGUGGCUAUCGUCUUGCCUGCAAGGAAGCAGUGCGAUAUAUCAAUGAGAACCUAAUUAUCAACACAGACGAACUUGGAAGAGACUGUCUGAUCAAUGCUGCUAAGACAUCCAUGUCUUCCAAAAUUAUUGGAAUAAAUGGUGAUUUCUUCGCUAAUAUGGUGGUAGACGCUGUGCUUGCUGUUAAAUACACAGAUAUACGAGGCCAGCCUCGCUAUCCAGUCAAUUCUGUUAAUAUUCUAAAAGCCCACGGGAGAAGUCAGAUAGAAAGCAUGCUGAUCAAUGGCUAUGCACUCAACUGUGUGGUUGGAUCUCAGGGCAUGCUCAAGAGAAUAGUUAAUGCAAAAAUUGCUUGUCUUGACUUCAGCCUGCAGAAAACAAAAAUGAAGCUUGGUGUACAGGUGGUUAUUACAGACCCUGAGAAACUGGACCAGAUUAGACAGAGAGAAUCCGAUAUCACCAAGGAGAGAAUUCAGAAGAUCCUGGCAACUGGUGCCAACGUUAUUCUAACCACCGGUGGGAUUGAUGACAUGUGUCUGAAGUAUUUUGUGGAAGCUGGUGCCAUGGCUGUUAGGAGAGUUUUAAAAAGAGACCUCAAACGUAUUGCAAAAGCUUCUGGAGCAAGUAUCCUGUCUACACUGGCCAAUUUGGAAGGUGAAGAGACUUUUGAGGCAACAAUGUUGGGACAAGCGGAAGAGGUCGUACAGGAGAGGAUUUGUGACGAUGAGCUGAUCUUAAUCAAAAAUACUAAGGCUCGUACGUCAGCUUCAAUUAUCUUACGAGGGGCAAACGACUUCAUGUGUGAUGAAAUGGAACGCUCCUUACAUGACGCUCUUUGUGUGGUGAAGAGAGUUUUGGAGUCAAAGUCUGUGGUCCCAGGUGGAGGUGCUGUAGAAGCGGCCUUGUCUAUAUACCUUGAAAACUAUGCGACCAGUAUGGGAUCUCGGGAACAGCUUGCUAUUGCAGAGUUUGCAAGAUCUCUGCUUGUGAUUCCUAAUACACUGGCAGUGAAUGCUGCCCAAGACUCCACUGACCUGGUUGCCAAGUUAAGAGCUUUUCACAAUGAGGCUCAAGUUAACCCAGAACGUAAAAAUCUAAAGUGGAUUGGUCUUGAUUUGGUCCAUGGGAAACCACGAGACAAUAAGCAAGCGGGGGUGUUUGAACCAACCAUAGUUAAAGUAAAGAGCCUGAAGUUUGCAACAGAGGCUGCAAUCACCAUACUUCGGAUUGAUGAUCUGAUAAAAUUACACCCAGAAAGCAAAGACGACAAACACGGAGGUUAUGAAAAUGCUGUUCACUCUGGAGCCCUUGAUGACUGAUUGGACUUCCCUUUUAUUUAUGACAGUGUUGGGUGUAAUGUCUUAGCCUUGGGUGUCUCACAUUAAAGUACAACGAGCUGUCG